UCCGUCACAGAUUCACGAGUCGCAAUGUUCACGCGGUUCAGUACGUCGUUGUCGAUCGGCGAGGAGUGACGAGGAGUGUCGUGUUCGAUCGCGCCUAGCGCGAUUGCCACGUAUAUAUCUUCGAAUCGUAGAUUCGUAGCCACAGUCAUGUCAUCGAGCAAAGAACGAGACGCUGCACCGCCACCGAGUAAAAAGUUUAUGACGAGCUGCGCGAACGUAUCGGAGCAGGCUCACCAUGUAUCCAGAGCGAAGCGGGGGCAAGCUAUCGGCAGUAUUCGAGGAUUUCGAGGUUGCACGGUAUGGUUGACCGGACUCUCGGGUGCUGGCAAGACCUCUAUAUCCUUCCAGGUAGAGGCCAUUCUGGUAAAUCAUGGUAUUGCGGCUUACGGCCUGGACGGCGACAACGUCCGGAGCGGUCUAAACCGCAACUUGACCUUCAGCAAACAAGACAGAAAGGAAAACAUCAGAAGAGUAGCCGAAGUAGCGAAACUCUUCGCCGACAGCGGACAGAUUUGUCUCUGUAGUUUCGUGUCGCCUUUCGAGGAAGACAGGCAGAUGGCGAGGCAGAUUCACAAAGAGGCCGACUUACCCUUCUUCGAGGUAUUCGUAGACACGCCUCUGCAAGUCUGCGAAGCUCGCGAUACGAAAGGUCUCUACAAGAAAGCCCGGCAGGGCGCUAUCAAAGGCUUCACCGGCAUUGACCAGAUGUACGAGAGGCCCAUGAAUUCCGAUUUGGUCGUCAAGACGGAGAAUUGCACCCCUGAAGAGUCCGCCGCGACUGUAAUUGAGCUCUUAGAAAAGUAUCGUAUCAUUCCGCAGCUUGAAAAGUCUUCGGACCUCCCGAUCAGGGAGCUCUUCGUACCGGAUUCUAGGCUGGCAUCGGCCAAAGCGGAAGCGGAGACUCUGCCGAGCGUGGAGGUCACGGAACUUGACGUGCAGUGGCUGCAGAUUCUGGCCGAGGGAUGGGCGGCGCCGUUAACGGGUUUCAUGAGAGAGUACCAAUACCUUCAGGCCCAACAUCUGCGAUGUCUGCUCGAGGGCAGCAAGGAAAUCAAUCAGUCGGUCCCGAUUGUCCUUGCGGUGAGCACAGCUGACAAGAAUCGCCUGGAGGGCUCUUGCGCCAUCAGCUUGAAGUACCAGGACGAGAUUCUCGCCAUUUUACGAAAACCAGAGUUUUAUUUCCACCGAAAAGAGGAACGUUGCAGUUGGCAGUUUGGCACCAACAACUUGGAACACCCUUACGUCAGGUUGAUUCAUAAUUCCGGAGACUGGUUGUGCGGCGGCGAUCUCGAGGUGUUGAAGAGAAUCAAGUGGCACGACGGGCUCGACAGGUACAGGCUCACGCCAAACGAGAUCCGCGCCAAGUGCCGGAAAAUGAAGGCCGAUGCCGUGUUCGCCUUCCAGUUGAGAAAUCCCAUUCACAAUGGGCAUGCGUUGCUCAUGCAGGACACCAGGAAACGAUUGCUGGAGGAGCGGGGUUUCAGGAACCCCGUGCUACUGUUGCAUCCGCUAGGAGGCUGGAUCAAGGACGACGAUGUGCCUCUGUAUACUAGGAUUCUUCAGCACAAGGCCGUUCUGGACGAAGGUGUGCUGGAUGCCGAUUCCACGUUGCUGGCCAUCUUCCCCAGCCCGAUGAUGUACGCCGGACCAAUCGAGGUGCAAUGGCACGCGAAAGCCAGGAUGAACGCUGGUGCCAACUUUUACAUCGUAGGCAGAGAUCCCGCGGGUAUUCCGCAUCCCAACAAGAACGCCACGCCCGAUGGCAAUUUGUACGAUCCCACUCAUGGUGCUCGAGUGCUCUCCAUGGCCAGAGGUCUUGACAAUCUCGAAAUAAUCCCCUUCAGGGUGGCUGCCUACGACACGCGAAACAGCAAAAUGGCAUUUUUCGAACCCGAACGGAAACAGGACUUUGAAUUUAUCUCGGGAACGAAAAUGCGGGGAUUAGCGAAGGCGGGUCAAAGUCCCCCGAAUGGCUUUAUGGCACCCAAGGCGUGGCAAGUGCUCGUGCAAUACUACCAAAGCCUAGAAUGAAUUUCCUCUUUCUCUCUCUCCUCCUUUUUGUAAAAAAGAUUUCCGUUAUUUGAGACGGAAUAAGAUUAAAACGAAACGAGGAGAAAAAAAAGAGAGAAAAUAAAAAAGAGAAAAAAAGGGAAAAUGCGGUAUUAUGUUCCAAGAGAAAUGGAUAUAAGAGAAGAUUCUCAAACGAAUCAAGACAAGAGAUUGCUGGCGGCACGUGCUCAGCUCUUGCCUCAAUUUUACAAGUUACAUUAUUUUAUCAGAAAUAAUAAUUAUAUAUCAAUUAAUAUAAAAGUUAUAUUGAUGAUUACAUAUUAUAUAUUUCUUUUAUGUAUGUGUAUCUAUUUCUACAACAUAGUUUUCCACGCGACUUUUACGCUGAUUUUGUUAUUAAUGAAAAAUCUCUAAAAAUAUAAUAGAUUCACUUUUA